AUGGCGAAGGGGAAGAUCGAGCGGGUGAAGCGGAACGCUGACAGCGGAGGGAAGCAGCCCGUGGAAGCCAAGGGGACCCACUGCCAAGUGCACAAGCACAGCGGUAUGGGUUGUGCUGUGGUCUCCUUGGAGGCGGCCCAGCACCGAGAGGCCAUUAUGAAUUAUGCUGAGAAGACCUAUGGCUGGAGCCCGUUGGGAAAGCUCGAGAUGGAUAUCGCAGACGUGAAGGUUCAGCUGAAGAGGCACAAAGACAAGAGUACAGGUCGGGAGGUGCUGACGGACAUUUUCGUAGCAUGGGGCCAUCAGCAAGAGAAGGACUCGCCUUUGACGGUGGAUGAAAUCGCUGAGUUCUUUGACAAACUUUACGAAGAUGCAAUGAGCUCACCCCCAUCUGAAGGUGCUCCGAUGGGCGCAGCGCAGGCUGCACAGGCCUUCCAGGCUCAAAUGCUUCGUGGUGGUGUACGUGCUCCUCCACCCCCCAUGCAUGCACACCCACAUCCAGGAGCACCACAUGCUCCACCGCCUCCGAAUCCUUAUUUCAAUGCCAUGUACAAUAUGAUGCACAACCCCCAUAUGGGUGCCGGCAUGAACCCAUACAUGCAACAUUCUUUCGCGGCCCAACAGCAAGCCCAGGCUGCUGCAUAUGCAGCUUACCAGCAUCAAAUGCAGCAGCAGUACAUGCAAAUGUACGGUGAUGGGAAGGGAGCUGGCAAGUGGGGCAAGGGACCGAAAGGAGCUGGCAAGGGCAAGUCACCUGAAGAGGGAGCUGCACCAGCGGCUGCCCCUGCCGAAGGUGAGGCCGUUAAGGCAGAGGCAAGUGCCGAUGGUGAUGCAAGUGCCGUGCCAGAUUUUUCCCCGCCCAAACCUCGACUUCUACAGAUCGUGGACCCUGCCAGUGGCAAACCCAUUGACACUAUCGGCAUGAACUUCGCACCACGAAAACCCUCCACACCCCUGCCAAUCACCAACCCGAAAACUGGUGAGGCAGUGGCAGUGGAGCCCGAAAGCAAGAGCUGA